AAACUGAAAACCUUUUAAAACUUUAUAAAGGACAAGUAAUUGCCGAUUUUAUUAAAAAAAACGUUGUGAAGUCAACUAAAGGAAAUUGACUCUGUCGAGGGAGGUUGUGUUUCAUGCAGUCAAACACAAAAGCAUAUUCCACUAAUUCCCGACAUUAUAAUAACGAGACAGAGACUUCCAUUGUUCUCAGUUUGUGUAUCAUCAAAAACUAAGAAAGAAAACGAAACCUAUUUUUUUAUUUAAAAACAAUAAAGUCGACGAUGCCUGCGCCAAGAGUGUUAUCGGCGUUAGAUGUGGCGAGGAUACAGUUGUACCAUUUCAAGGCGAUAAUCAUCGCCGGAAUGAGUCUCUUCACCGACGCUUAUGACCUCUUCUGUAUAGCUCCGGUCUUGAAAAUGCUCGGCGAAAUCUAUUACCACGAAGAUUCAAUCGGAACCCCUAUUCUCUCCAUUUUUUACGCCAUCGCUCUCCUUGGCGCCGCCUUAGGUCAGCUCUUAGUCGGCUACUUAGGCGACCGACUAGGACGCAGACGUGUCUACGGUAUAUGUCUCAUGAUCAUGGUCUUAAGCUCCUUUGGCUGCGGAUUCUCCGUCUGCACAAGUCGCCGAUCUUGCGUAAUGGCGAGUCUUGGCUUCUUUAGAUUCGUACUAGGGCUCGGGAUCGGUGGAGAUUACCCUCUCUCCGCCACCAUCAUGUCGGAGUUCGCUAAUAAAAAGACGCGUGGGACUUUUAUCUCCGCCGUGUUCUCCAUGCAGGGGCUAGGCAUCUUGAUGAGCUCCACCGUUACGAUGGCUGUAUGUGCGGCGUUUAAGAAUGCCGGAAAAGGUAGUUCGGAGAAAACGAAAGCGGCGGAAGCGGAUAUUGCUUGGAGGUUGAUUCUGAUGAUCGGUGCUAUUCCCGCCGCCUUAACGUUUUACUGGCGAAUGCGUAUGCCUGAAACCGCCAGAUAUACAGCAUUAGUUGAGAACAACGCUAUCAAAGCAGAAAAAGACAUGGAAAAAGUCAUGUCCAUAUCCAAAUCAUCUCAAGUAGAAGAAGAUUUACCACAACUACCAUCGUCUUCCUCUUCUACUUCCUCCUCGUACAAACUCUUCUCUCGCCGUUUCUUCAGCCUCCACGGCCGUGACCUCUUCGCAGCCUCAGCCAAUUGGUUCCUAGUGGACGUUGUCUUCUACACAAGCAACCUCCUUCUCUCUCAAAUCCUCAAUGUAUCCAACAAACCUCACAAUGUCUACGACUCUGCCUUCGAAGUGGCUAAGGUCGCAGCCACCGUAGCCGUGUGCUCGACCAUCCCUGGUUAUUGGUUCACCGUUUAUUUCAUCGAUAGAGUCGGUCGAGUCAAGAUUCAGAUAAUGGGGUUCUUUCUUAUGGCCGUUGUUUACUUAGUCGCGGGCAUUCCAUACAGUUGGUAUCGGUCUGACCAUGGUUAUACUAGUAAUAAAGGCUUUGUUGUUCUCUACGGGUUGAUCUUCUUCUUUAGCAACUUUGGUCCCAACACGACGACGUUUAUAAUCCCAGCUGAGCUUUUUCCAGCUAGGUUUAGGUCCACGUGCCAUGGGAUUUCGGGAGCUGCCGGGAAGCUUGGAGCUAUAGUUGGAACUGUUGGUUUCUUGUGGGGCACGAAACGCGACGAAGAGCACAAAGACGUUUUCCCAGACGUGAAACGCGUGAGGAUCGCGUUUUUGAUACUUGGAGGCGUUUGUAUCGCUGGAGUGCUGGUGACGUAUUUCUGCACGCGUGAAACUAUGGGAAGAUCGUUAGAAGAGAACGAAGAGGACGAGAUUUGUGCCUACUCGUCAGCACCAGGAUCACCGUCUGCUAGUGAGUUACCUACAAUCACAACACAAGCAAUCGUCUUUUUAAAUCGUCAUUACCCACAUAGCUAUACUUUGCCGGCUUGCUGUAUCAACAGCUCGACGACCGGUUAUAAUCUCCAAAAGCAACACUCCAAACGCAAACACAUCCGUCUUCUCAUCAACAAUCCCAUGCAUAAAGUACUCUGGAGCUAGAUACCUUGUAAGAACAACAAAAGGAACCAAACCUGGUUUAAGAUUUAAACAUCAAGAAGAUGUUGUAUUUAAGCAGAAUGCUCGUAAAUACAAUAGUCCCAAGUGUACAAGCUACCUGCAUUCAACCAUGUGAAAUUACAUUAAUAAGAAAAAGCCAAUCCAACAUAAAAAAAAAAGGCUAUCAACGUUUUGAUUAAUGUCAAGUAAUAUAACACUGAUGAAUAUGCAUGUUAGCUCAUGUGUUCAACAACAGAGAGGCAUCAUCAGGCAUGCCUUGCACGGUACAUUGUAAGACAACUAAACAAAUCCACUCCCUGCUAACUAACUACCAACAAGACUAAAGCAUCUAAAGAUUCAUAAUUUAAAGGAUCUUAGAGUAUAAUUACCUCGAGAAAGGCCUUCAAGAUCCA